AUGGACAAAGAAGUGAAUAAUCUUCUAAGUUCUGGCGUAUGUUUCACUGUUGUCUUCGAAGGGCUGAAAUACAAUUCCUAUCCUAAAAUCAUAGAUAUGAAAGGAAUCUUGGAAGGUGCUGUGCUCUCUUUUGCUUGCCAUGACUCCUGCCAAGCAUGGUGCCAGAUCAUCAACGUGUCUGAAUCCCAUUCUUCUCUCCUUACCUCUAUGGACGGGACUCUCAAUGAAACGAACUGGAGCAUUUCCAUGCCUGCUGGAAGCAAAUACCGCCUCUACGUUGGCUUGGCUUUGGCGAUAGGUUCCAGUAUCUUUAUUGGUUCUAGUUUCAUACUGAAGAAGAAAGGACUUUUGAAACUGGCAGACAAAGGAGUCCCCCGAGCUGGACAAGGUGGAUAUUCUUAUUUGAAGGAAUGGCUUUGGUGGACUGGAUUGCUAUCAAUGGGAUUAGGAGAAGCUGCAAACUUUGCUGCCUAUGCCUUUGCACCUGCAACCUUAGUUACCCCCUUGGGUGCACUGAGUGUUCUCAUAAGUGCUAUAUUGUCAUCCUAUUUCUUAAAUGAGAAACUGAAUAUUCACGGAAAGCUGGGCUGUGUACUGAGCAUUUUGGGGUCAACGGUCAUGGUUAUUCACGCCCCUGAGGAGGAGGAGGUCACCUCACUAGACGAGAUGGAAAGAAAGCUGCAAGAUCCAGCGUUUGUUACCUUUGCUGUUCUCCUAACAGUUGUUGCCCUCAUGCUGAUUUUUAUCGUGGCUCCAAGGAGAGGUCAAACAAAUAUACUGAUCUACAUUUUAAUUUGCUCGCUCAUUGGUGCCUUCUCUGUCUCAUCUGUGAAAGGCCUGGGCAUUGCCAUGAAACAAAUGCUGGAGCAGAAGCCAGUUUAUCGACACCCAUUGGUUUACGUUUUGGUGGGCAUCUUAGUGCUCUCAGUCAGCACUCAGAUAAACUAUCUCAACAAAGCGUUGGAUGUAUUCAAUACAUCUCUAGUGACACCUCUUUAUUAUGUGUGUUUCACCACGACAGUUGUGACAUGCUCCAUCAUCCUGUUCAAGGAGUGGAGUAGCAUGGACCUGGGUGAUAUCAUUGGAACCCUGAGUGGAUUCUGCAGUAUCAUCAUAGGCAUUUUUCUAUUGCAUGCUUUCAAAAAUACUAGUAUCACCUGGAGUCAAUUGAUGUCUACUGUUGCAAAAGAACCAUCGUUACCACACUGUGACUACGAAACUUGUCACACUUUACUGGAGAGCAUGGAAGACCCAGCUUUGGCAUAUGAGGAGGACAACAUUUUAUUCAGUCAAUGA